ACCCCACCACCACCUCCUCUCCUCUGCCCCUAACCCGUCCGUUCCGGCUCAUCCGCCAUUUUUUCCCUGUCGCGGUAAGCGAUAGGGUUCGGCGUCCGUCUUCUAAAUCCGCCCUUCUUCGUUUCGAUUUUUCCGGCGUUCUGGGAGCAAGCUUCGGCUUCAUCGACGGCGUUCUUGGUCUUUUGCGGCUCGACAUGUCUCCGUUCCAGGGAUACAGAGGCGAUGCGGUUCUCUCCGGCGUCCGGUCGCGGAAGCGCGUGUUCGCGACGGCGGCCGCGGAGCCCGUGACGGCGGCGCCCAAGAGGCAGAAGCGCGGGGAUGAGAUGCCCCUGGACGCGCUGCCGGACGAGUGCCUCUUCGAGGUCCUGCGCCGCGUGCAGGGCACCCGCGCGCGCUGCGCGUCGGCCUGCGUCUCCCGCCGCUGGCUCGCGCUCCUCGCCGGCAUCCGCGCCUCUGAGGCCGUGCUGGCCCCGGCCGCCCCCGCCGUGCCGGACCUCAACCAGGAGUACCUCAGCGAGGACGACGAGGCCGAUCUGAUGGACCUGGACGGCGACGCCCGCGAGAGGACCCUCGAGGGCAUGGAGGCCACGGACGCGCGCCUCACGGCGGCGGCCGUCGCCGGCCGUCUGGCUGCCGUCUCCGUCCGCGGGAGCCACCCCGCGCGUGGCGUCACCGACGCCGGCAUCUCCGCCCUCGCCCGCGGCUGCCCAGAGCUCCGCUCCCUUACCCUGUGGGAUGUCCCGCAGGUGACGGACGCCGGGCUCGCCGAGGUCGCGGCCGAGUGCCACUCGCUGGAGCGGCUUGACAUCUCUGGCUGCCCUAUGAUCACGGACAAGGGCCUCGCCGCGGUUGCUCAGGGUUGCCCGGAACUGAAGUCGCUCACCAUCGAGGGAUGCUCCGGUGUGGCCAACGAGGGUCUCAAGGCUGUAGGUCGUUUCUGCGCCAAGCUACAGGCGGUUAGCAUCAAGAAUUGCGCACUCGUCGAUGACCAGGGUGUGUCUGGCCUCGUCUGCUCUGCGACCGCCUCUUCGUUGACAAAGGUCCGGCUUCAGGGUUUGAACAUUACUGAUGCUUCCCUUGCUGUGAUCGGGUACUACGGGAAGUCAAUCAAAGACCUGACCCUUUCUCGCCUCCCUGCUGUCGGUGAGAGGGGAUUCUGGGUGAUGGCCAAUGCCCUGGGCCUGCAGAAGCUCAGGCGAAUGACUGUUGUCUCCUGCCCGGGACUCACGGAUCUUGCUCUUGCAUCUGUCGCCAAGUUCAGCCCAAGUUUGAGGCUUGUUAACCUCAAGAGGUGCAGCAAGGUCUCAGAUGGAUGUCUCAAGGAAUUUGCAGAAUCAUCUAAGGUCCUGGAGAACUUGCAGAUCGAGGAAUGCAGCAGGGUUACUCUUACGGGCAUUCUUGCGUUCCUCCUCAACUGCAGCCCAAAGUUUAAGUCUCUCUCCCUGUCCAAGUGCGUCGGGAUCAAGGACAUCUGCUCCGCACCUGCACAACUUCCGGUAUGCAAAUCACUACGUUCCCUGGCCAUCAAGGAUUGCCCAGGCUUCACCGACGCCAGCCUUGCCGUGGUGGGCAUGAUCUGCCCUCAGCUGGAGAACGUCAAUUUGAGUGGCCUUAGUGCAGUCACCGACAGCGGCUUCCUUCCACUGAUAAAGAGUUCAAACAGUGGGCUGGUCAACGUCGAUUUGAACGGUUGCGAGAAUCUCACGGAUGCAGCUGUUUCCGCCUUGGUUAAGGCCCACGGCGCUUCCCUUGCGCACCUCAGUCUCGAGGGAUGCAGCAAGAUUACCGAUGCAAGCCUGUUCGCCAUCUCUGAGAGCUGCAGCCAGCUCGCCGAGCUCGACCUUUCGAACUGCAUGGUCAGCGACUACGGCGUCGCGGUCUUGGCAGCGGCAAAGCAGCUCAGGCUGCGCGUCCUCUCGCUGUCCGGCUGUAUGAAGGUCACCCAGAAGAGCGUCCCUUUCCUAGGCAGCAUGUCUUCGUCCUUGGAGGGGCUGAAUCUCCAGUUCAACUUCAUUGGCAACCACAACAUCGCGUCCCUGGAGAAGCAGCUCUGGCGGUGCGACAUCCUUGCUUAGAGGAACACGGCGGUUAUUCGUCGCUGGAGAUGCUAGGUCAACCUUCUCCGGAUGCAAAUACACGACCGAAGCAGUAGUUUAGUACUCAAGUCUAUGCUCUGUAGUUGAGUCUGGUUUCCGGCUCGUGUUUGUGUCAUGGUGGGUCUUCUGUUCGUCGUCGUCCUAGGGCCAGUUGUUUUCCGAGGGGGGUGUUUUUUUCCGGAGGCUCAUUUUUUUGCAGGAAUCCUCCUGUGAGGAUCUCUGUUUCUUGAGCCUUUGGCAGCCAUUGCUAUGGCACUCUGCCCCCUUUUGUCCCAAACUAAGCCCUCGUGAUCAGUCGUUCCACCAUGCAGUUUCUCAAGUUGUGUUUGAAACCCAAGUAUCUGUGUCAAGUGUGUGUUCUUUUCCGGUAUUCCUGGUUAUAGAGCUGCAGACAUCAACACUCUUUUGAUUGCAAUUGUAGCAAGUCCAGUUGUCGGUGGUUGCAACUCUCCAUCCAGAAUUGCAGACAUCAACAUUCUUUUGAGUGCAAUUGUAUCAAGUCCCAACUGUCGGUGUCUCCAUUCAGAGAAACUUAGCUCCAUGUCUUUGAUGUCUGGGUGCCUGCAAUCUUGCCGAGUGCAGUGUGUUGUUGGCCAUGGGCGGAAGUGUCGGUAUGGUUUGCCUAUGUGCUUGGGGAUCUGGCCUUUGCAAGGUUCAUUCUACAGAGCCUUUUGCCUUCACAGCCCUGUGUGGUUGUUUUUCUUCUGCAGAGACCUGAUUUUGACAGGCAGGUGGUUUAAACACUGUAAUAUUUGCAACCUUCCUCUGAAGAUAAAUAAAGGUUGUGUUUCGGU